UAUUCUAUUUCUGUGCCUUGUACAAACAAAGUACAACUUCUUCCAACAACAAAAAGAACAAAAGUUUUGUUAACUACACAUCGAAACGGAGUCGUGAUGUCGACUGCUAGCCCAGGCACUGGGACUGGCACUGGCAGUGAAGUAGAUGGCCCAGGUGGGCUUGCGUCUGAUUUCGACGGGUCAUUUUCUGGCCUAGGAGUAGAACUUGGCUCAUCUACCUACAAUAUGAGUGAGGCUUUGCUCGCCCUGCCUGUUUUCAAUCGCAAGGAUUUAGAAAAUGGGUUUCAGUAUGUUCUUAAUGCUGCGACAUCACCAGCAACAAAGGUGAAUGAGGAGACCCUUACGUAUCUUAAUCAAGGGCAAUCUUAUGACAUAAGACUGAAGAAACUCGGUGAUUUGUCUGAAUUUCAGGGACAAUACGUUAAGAGUCAGGUUAGAGUGGGAUUUCAUGAACGGAAGCUGCAGUACAUCGAAUCAGAGCAGGUCACCCAUUGGAGGCUAGCUCAUCCCUCGGAUCGGAUGCUGAGUAUAGAUGUUCCUUUGUCAUAUGGCAUCAUGGAUGUCAAGUCACUCGACAUUAACCAUGCAGAGUUUAUAUGGGAUCCAACAAAGGAGGCUGGAGUAUAUGUACAGGUGCACUGCAUCAGUACUGAGUUUACAGCAAGGAAGCGUGGGGGAGAGAAGGGCGUGCCCUUUCGUCUGCAGAUUGACACGUUCGCUUACCCGACCAGUGCUAAUGAAGAACCCAGACACUUACACAGUGCUUCCUGUCAGAUCAAGGUCUUCAAGCCGAAGGGUGCUGACAGAAAACACAAGACUGAUCGAGAGAAGUUAGGGAAGAGAUGUGGGUAUGAGCAGGAGAAAUACCAGCCAUCAUACGACUGCACAGUGCUAUCAGAGUGUGCGUACGACAAUGGUCAGGCGAGCCAACAGGCGACGAUGAGCUACGCGGCGGCGCCGUGCGCUGGUGCCGCCGAGCCGCUGAUGCAGCCUCCGCGGUGCCAGAGCACGCCGUCUGGAAUCGGCCGGAUAGGCAGCUUUCCGAACAUGAACUCCAGUGCUUCCCCCUGGUCAGGCAGCAGCGCCGGAACGCCGGCGAUGCACCGCAAGGACAGCACUUCUAGCAUGGACAGUUUGAAUACGUCCGCCACUAACAGCGACGUGCUGGCGGCCAGAGAGACGUUGCUGCCGUCGGACUCGUCCGAGACCGUUGUUCACUGGCUCUGUGCAAACAGGUUCGCCAAUCACGCGACCAUCUUCUCCAACUUCUCAGGAACCGACUUGCUGAGACUUAACAAGGAAGACCUCAUUGAAAUCUGCGGCCUUGCUGAUGGUAUUCGAUUAUCGAACGCCCUGCAUGGAAGGAGCGUCCGACCGCGUCUGACUCUGUACCUGUGCCAGCAGUCGGAGCAGGUCUACAACGCGAUCUUUCUCGAGCAGCUGACGUCGCGCGAGCUUGCAGUCAAGACUGCCGAAAUCCUCCAGCUGCACGUUCACUGCAUCAUGGAUAUGCACUGGACGGGCCCGAACGGAAUCACAGUGAUGAUUACUAACGAGGUUGUCCAAAAUAUGAAGGACCAAGGAAGAUUCGUGGUAGACCUCCAGUCAUUGAGGGAUGACAUGCUCAGAAUUUCCUUCACGUCUCUGGAUUAGCUGAUGAUACUGCAACAGCCAAUCCAAGAUGUCACCUGCAUGAUCUCGGUGUAUUGAUGAGCAAACAUCUAAAUGAUUGAUUAGCUGAUUGAUGGGUUUGUUAGAAGCGCUGUGCUCGUGUUGUUGAUCAUGCUGUGUGGAACGCUCGUCAUGUGUAUAUGUGAUUUUAGACAAUCGGUUUGGGACGCUAGUGAACCCUUGUCCUACUAGCAUAUCAAACCCAGGUUGAACUGGUGGCAAAUUGAAAUAGUUUCAUAAUCGGAUGUAAAUACACUAAAGCCCGGCGCACACGUGAGUUAUUUUACUCAAGUAAAAUGACGCAUGAGUCAUUUUACUCACGUGU